AUGACAUCAUACUUGAUAACCUUGCAAUCAGCACCAUAUCUUCAGUUUACGCUGCAAAUAGUAACCACUACACCAUCGGAAACACAUACGUCAUUACGUGCUUCCGAGGAGACGGGAGAUCCAAAUAAAGUCAGACCAGAAGGAACAGAAGGUGCAAUGUACGUGAUUCGUAUCUCCAAUCAGAAGCUCACUCCGGACUCUGACUAUAAUCGAAUCCCGAUGAGACAGCGUCAAGAGGCACGCAACUAUAGCUAUCCGGGAAUGGGAUUCCUCCCUGAAGCGCGGACGAGAGGAGAUUCUGCAUGA